AUGAGCAACGCCGCCAACAUCAGCAAGAAGAGGAAGUUCGUUGCCGACGGUGUCUUCGCCGCCGAGCUCAACGAGUUCUUCACCCGCGAGCUCUCGGAGGAGGGCUACUCGGGAUGCGAGGUCCGUGUCACCCACGCCCGCACCGAGAUCAUCAUCCGUGCCACCCACACCCAGGAGGUUCUCGGUGACAAGGGCCGCCGCAUCCGCGAGCUGACCGCCCUCGUCCAGAAGCGCUUCAAGUUCCCCGACAACUCGCUCGAGCUCUACGCCGAGAAGGUGCAGAACCGCGGCCUCCACGCCGUCGCCCAGUGCGAGUCGCUCCGUUACAAGCUGCUCGGCGGUCUCGCCGUCCGCCGUGCCGCCUACGGUGUCCUCCGCUUCGUCAUGGAGUCGGGCGCCAAGGGUUGCGAGGUCAUCAUCUCGGGCAAGCUCCGCGCCGCCCGUGCCAAGUCGAUGAAGUUCACCGACGGCUUCAUGAUCCACACUGGUCAGCCCGCCCGCGACUUUGUCGACGUCGCCGUCAGGCACGUUCUGAUGAAGCAGGGUGUCCUCGGAAUCAAGGUCAAGAUCAUGCUCGGCACCGACAUGGAGGGCCGCGCCGGCAAGCCCUUCCCGCUCCCCGAUGCCAUCACCAUCCUCGAGCCCAAGGAGGAGGCCCCCAUCACCGCCCCCGUCUCCGAGUCGCGCCAGGGCCCCGCCGACGUUCCCGCGCCGGCUCAGGCCGCCGAGGCUGCUCCCGCCGAGGUCCAGCCCGAGGCCGCUGCCGCCUUCUAA